GCGAGAGCUGGCGAUGGUGAUGAUGCAGCGCGCAAACGAGAUGGCGCGAUGCGGUGGCAGGAGGACACCGGAGCGAUAAUUCGGAUCGUGCAAAAACGAGGGAAAAAAUGUUAAAUUAACUCGCCGUGCGGGCAUGUGCUGGCAGUCGCUGUGCAAGUGUCGUGAAGCAACAUCCUCCCUCAUCCUCCAGCAGCUGCUUCGAACUGCUUUCAAACAAAACGGAGUUCCGCAUCUCUCUCUCUCUCUCUCUCUGUGUUUGUGUGUACGUAUGUUUUGCGUGCUGUGUGCUUAUUCAAAGAUCUUGUCCAGCACUUGAGAAGACGGACAAAUAUUUGCUCAUUGCUUCUGCUCCACUACCGAAGGGAUUUUACCGCUAAUUAAGCGCCUCGGCUACGCCAAACACGAUCCUUCUGCGCAUAGCCCGGAUCAAGUGUGUCGGUGUGUGAGUGUGUGCGUGUGUACGUGUGUGUGUUACCCAGAAGAGGGCUGGUGGUUCAAGUGUUCAAGUGUUAUUUUCCCUUAACGAGUGCCGCACCAUUCAAGCAGCCCAACACCAAGCCCAAUCGGAAGAGGGUUUCUAGAAAACUCGGACGGACGGACAACAGGUGGCUGGGCAGAAGGCAGCACACCACAGCACAAUUUGCGCGCCCAGAUCUAUUGACCAGUGUCGUACGGCCAGCGUAGUGUAGUGCGUUAUCAGCCGAGUGGGAAACAUAAAAAUCAUAAUGACGUCGCUGGCGGUAAUGGAACUAAACAACAACUGUGGCGGCGAUGAGAACCGGAACGAAGAUUGCGAAAAGUAUCUACGCGAGCUGACGAAAACCUUCACCGGCAUCGACAAACCGCUCAAGAACGCAAGGAAGUGCGAAACGUUGACCGAUUUGAUCGGCGAGCUGCGCAAAACGUUCGACUCGGACCACGUCAACAUCGAGUACGUGAACCAUCUGAUGCUGAGCUACCAGUCGAACCCGGCCGAGUGGCGCAAGUUUGCCAAAUUCGACCGAUACCGCUACACCCGAAAUCUGGUAGAUGCCGGUAAUGGCAAGUACAACCUGAUGAUUCUCUGCUGGAACGAAGGGCACGCAUCGGCCAUCCACGAUCAUGCUGAUUCGCAUUGCUUCAUGAAGAUGCUCAAGGGCCAGCUGAUGGAGACGCGCUAUGCUUGGCCGAAGGAUGCGACGGUCACGGAGGACAGCAAGGCGGACAUUGGUAGCGGUCAGCCGGCGGGCGAAGAGGUGGAAUACAAUGGGGACGAGCUGGAGGAGCUUUCGCGCAGCACGCUGGAAACGAAUGGCGUGUGCUACAUUAACGAUACGCUCGGGCUGCACCGGGUCGAAAAUCCGAGCCAUACCGAUGUGGCCGUCUCGCUGCACCUGUACUGCCCCCCGUUCGAUGUGUGCUCCAUCUUUAACAAACAAAAUGGCAAGCGCACCAAGUGUAAGGUCACCUUCUGGAGCAAGUUCGGCAAACGGGAAUCCUCUAAUGUGAACUAGGACUUGAUAGCUGGCAGUCGGCAGAUGUAUCGAGACUGACGUUUGCAAGUGAUAGUAAUGAAACGAAUGCAUGAUCAUUUUUCUGCAUUUUCGUUAGUGGUAAUCCUCCAAGAGAAACGCUAGGGCUGUAUUUCAGAUAAGAUAAGUAAAUGAGAUUACUUUUAGAUUACUGCUCAUAAUUCAGGGCAAAAGUGUGCUACGAGUGAAUAAAAUGUCUAUACCGGUUAAAUGGUGUUGUUCGGUAUGUUUUUUAAAGUUAAUUUACAGGGUUUAAACUAGAUAGCUCAACAUCGGAUGCGAAUAAUUCAAUAAAAUACAUUUAAACAUUAAAAAACGGAUGACAAAUGACCUGUCAUUGGUUGUCAUUGGUGUCAUCACGAGACCGGCCCGAUUUUAUUGUGGCUAGAUUUAAUUUAACAACUGCCAGGUGUAUUAAAUUCAACGCAUUUAUCAAUGAUUGGGCCAUAGAAUCCUGUAUUUAAAAAAAUAUACUAUACUAGAGCGUGAUCACUCUAGUUUUUUUUCCAAACACAUUAAACAUGCUUUAAAGAACACCAUAUUGUUACUUUGCAAAAUAUUCAAUGCGUCUCUAACGGGAUCCUAUCUUUCCAAAUGGCUUGCAUGGUUGCUGUUUUAGUGCUUGUCAUGAGAUGAUGGAGAUUUGGUAACAAAUUUAUCAUUACACUAAUUGUACUUUCAAUAAUAGUAUCCCAUGAGUCAGACAAAAUUUGACACUUUUAUCAAUCGAAUUCUAACCGUGAUGGCCAAAAAAGUGAAGGAACUUCGUAUAAAAGCGUGCCCGAUCAUAGAACGGCAUCCUUUAGCGCCUAAAACGGACUUCGUGCGGCAGUUUGUGGAGAUCGUAUAAGCCUGUUACCGCAUCUAUGUUGAGAAAGCAACAUGUGUGCAAUGAACACAUCAUAGUAGUCUGUAGAAAAUGUUUAAUAUUAUCAGUCUAGUUUGAAAUAAAUUACAUACAAGUUCA